GAGAUAACACAAAUUUGAAAAUCAUACAGAGAGAGAGAGAGAGAGAGUGUGUGUGUGUGUGUGGGUGGGUGAGAGAGAGAGAGAGAGAGAGAGAGAGAGAGAGAGACCAAAAAAAGGAGUCAGUACCGAUUACCACAGAACCGAAAUUAGAUGAGAUAGAAGGAAGCAUUGCGUUUCGAGUUACCAAAAAUGACAACCUUGUCCAUGUCCAUCUCCACGUCCUUCCAAUCCGACAUGCUCUCUGCUUUCUGCAAAGGAUCUUCAACCUUCUGUUAUCUCCCACGCGCCACCGCACCCUUCCGCCUCAGGGCUUUCUCCACUGCCGUCUCCGAUAAGCCCUCCGUUUGCACCGCCGACGAGCUCCACUAUGUCUCCCUCUCCAAUUCCGAUUGGAGACUCGCUCUCUGGCGUUACCACCCUUCUCCUCUCGCACCUCGCAGGAAUCACCCUCUGUUACUCUUGUCAGGAGUGGGGACCAACGCCAUUGGAUAUGACCUUUCCCCUGAGUCAUCGUUCGCACGUUACAUGUCUGGUCAGGGAUUUGAAACUUGGAUUCUUGAAGUACGAGGAGCUGGAUUGAGUGUUCGGGGAUUAAAUUCCAAUGAUAUUAAAAAAUCUGCCAAUGCAAUAUCUGAGAAGAUGGAAGCUGUGUCGGAGAGUGCAAUCGAUGGAGCUGUGGCUUCGAAAACUGAAUUGAACAACAUCUCUUGUGCAGUUUCUGAACCUGACAUUAUUUCCCCAAAUGGAUUAGAAACUGAGAAAUUGACUUUCAAAGAAGACUUAACUAGGUUAGCUACUGUUUGGGAUGAAUCAAAGUUGGUGGCAAGAUUGACGGAAACCUUUAUGCGUUUGUCAGAAAGAGUGUCUGGGUUUCUCAGUGAAAGUCAAUCGAAGGUCAUGUUUGCCAAAUUAUUAGAUCAGAUUUCAAAACUUUUGGUCGAUUCUCCAUUAUAUGAACAAUUCAAUGAGAUAAGGGGAAAGCUUUCAACUUUGUUGGAAACAAGGCAAAACUCUGGCAUUACUAGCCAAAUAACUGAUCUGAGUCAAAAGCUGGUAAAUAUUAUUGAGGAAGGUCAGCUAUCUGUUUCUCCUCAAAUUUUUGAUCUACAAGCUCGCUUCACUACUACAAUAGAAGAUUUUCAGAAGCAACUUGACUUGAUGGUGAAAUAUGACUGGGACUUUGAUCAUUACUUGGAAGAAGACGUGCCUGCUGCGAUAGAAUACAUAAUGAAACAAUGCAAGCCAAAAGAUGGAAAAUUACUCGCAAUUGGACACUCCAUGGGUGGUAUCCUGCUUUACUCUAUGCUGUCACGGUUUGGUUAUGAAGGAAAAGAACCCAGAUUGGCUGCAGUAGUUACACUGGCAUCAUCUCUGGACUACACGUCAUCCAAAUCAACUCUAAAGUUACUCUUACCCCUUGCAGAUCCUGCACAGGCUCUGAAUGUCCCUGUUGUUCCUUUAGGGGCAAUGUUGGCAGCCGCUUAUCCUCUUUCAUCUCGUCCACCAUAUGUAUUCUCCUGGUUAAAUACUUUGAUUUCAGCUGAGGACAUGAUGGAUCCAGAUUUAUUAAGAAGGCUGGUCUUGAAUAACUUCUGUACCAUACCCGCAAAACUUAUCUUGCAGCUCACAACAGCAUUUCGAGAGCGUGGUUUAUGUAAUAGGAAUGGGACCUUCUUUUACAAGGACCAUCUACACAAAAGUAAUACCCCUAUCUUAGCUAUUGCUGGGGACCAGGAUCUGAUUUGUCCUCCUGAAGCAGUAGAAGAAACUGUCAAGCUAAUUCCGGAGCACCUGGCUACCUAUAAAGUUUUUGGAAAACCUGGAGGGCCACAUUAUGCUCACUAUGAUUUGGUUGGAGGAAGGAUGGCUGUGGAUCAGGUGUAUCCCUGUAUAAUUGAAUUUCUUAGUUGUCACGACAAGUGAUGUACAACAUCAAUUUUGAUCAAAUACAUUAGUCUUGGAUCAUGCUUGAUAAUUAUAUCUCCAAACAGAAAAGCCGAAUGAAUAUCAGACCUUUUGUGCAUUGGAGUGUGGAGUUUUAUGUUUCCUAACCAUUGCAGUAAAGGGUAGGACUCUGAACUGAAAUACGAUAGUAAUAGGAAUUAUGAGGAGUUUGUAAAAAAAAAAAAAUAUUUGCAGCAUUGCCUCUGAAUGGGUGUAUGAUUUAUGUACAGAAUUUUGUACAUGAUACAUUAUUGUGACUAUAACUUGCCUAGGUUUCUUGAAUGCGUUUGACCAAAUGGAGUGCCUGAUAAGCCUCCUCUGGUCUGCAUUUCUUGACAUGGAUGGAUGCUCCAUCUAUAGUUGUGCUUACACUUUAGAUGACAUUUAUUUAGUUGAUUCACUUGCAAAAGUUGGG